AUGAAUAUCAACAAGGUCACAGUCCGAGAUGGCACACUACCGCCGGUAGCAGACGAGUUCGCAGAGGAUUUCACCGGAAUGCACAUGAUCUCAUUAGUUGAUUGGCUCUCUGGAUAUGACCAAUUUGUGUGCAUGUCGUACAAGAUACUCCAGGAAACAUAUUGCAAGAAGAGCGCGACCAUUUUUAACAAUAUCGGAGUCAAAGAACCAUGGGCCGACUAUGGGCAAGACGAGAUCGCUCCUGGAAUCCGGAGAUACGUGCUGGAACAUAUCAUGAAUAUUGACUAA